AUGAAUACUAACCAAAGUAGCAACCAAUCCGCAACGAUCGCGGUACAGCAGGGAUUCGGCAGUAAACUGCUGACGCUCAGCAAGAUUAAAAUAGGCUGGUCAACCUGCAGAGUUAAACUUAGGGUUCAGCUAACACGCUGUUAUAGGUGCCUUGAAUACGGCCAUUGGACCGCAGACUGCAAAGGGCCGGAUAGAUCCAGGUGCUGCAUGAACUGCGGCAGCAUUGGACAUCAAGCUAAGCAAUGCUCUGUAGAACCACAAUGCUUCAGUUGUAACGAAACAGGACACAGAAUGGACAAUGCAGGCUGCCCAAAGUACCGUGAACUCCUUGAACAACACAGGAAAAAGCUAACGGAGAUCAACAAACCAAAUGGACAGUAG